UCUGCUACUUUCCUUGUGGAAAAUCAAUGUGAUGUUUACUAAACCACCGCUCCUCCUUUCUGCUUCCUUUUCCCGCUCUCCUCAGACAUUGUUCCACCGUGCUAAUCCCCAUCUCGCUCUACUUUCCCUGCUCCAAUCCUACCUCGCCCACCCAUCUUUCCCGCCCCUUCAUCCCUAUCUACCACAUCCCCACCCCUUCCCCACAAAAAAUACCACCCUAAAAACCCCUCCAGCCCUGACCCUUGCUCCCAACACAACCUAUGCAUACGCAUACGGACACCCAUGUGCGAUCCCAACAUUACCGCGGCCCAUGUUAAAUGCCUCACUCCCCUCAAGCGCACACACUGUCUCCUCUGGGUUUAGUCCCUUCCGCGCCCUAAAAGAGAGGGACGGGAAGACUUAGGUGUACUCUAGCUUGUCUUGUCCUUGUGUGUUAGAGGACACUGGUGUGCAAGGGUUAGGUUAGUUGCGAUCCCCGCAUUAGUUGGCGUGGCGGCUUUUAGUGGAGUAGGGCGGGGUGUGGUUUGUGAUGUCGUGGAUCGAAGGGGGAUGGGAACGUAUGGUCUUGGGGGUAUGAGGGAGAGGUAGAGUAGGAUGGGGGGGAGAUGAGCUGGGGAAGAUGAGGCUGAAAGGGAGGGGAUGGAGGAUGCAUGCGUGGUUGGGUUAUCUGGUGGGAUGAGGGAUGAGGGGUCUUGGU